AUGGCGGACGAACUGGCUGAAUUCGAACUAACUCGUGUUCCUUGUGAAGCAAAUGAUUUCAACUCUGCAAGAUGUCGGAUUACACCGAUGAUAGCAGAAAAAAUAAAAGGAAAGAUAAAUUCGCCGGUUCGGAUCGCAGUUGAAUCUGGAUUUGUGCUGUGUUCAUUGUGGCCUCGAUCUGACGGGAUCAACAAAUUUUUGCAGUUCGAUACACUUGUUACUCUUCGAAACAACCCAAGAGUGUGCCAGAUAAACAACUCUCCUAUCAAGAAGAACAUAUCAUCCGACGAAAUCGUUGUUAUUGAGACUUUCGAGGCCAAAUCAGUUGUUAUUUCUCUGUAUUUGUCGAAUUCAGCUGAAGAUUUUGAUCACGGCAUGACCCAAGUUACACGUGAGAAUAGAAGAGAAAGAAUCUCUCGAAAUUUGCUACGAGGUUUAGCAGUAAUACAAGGUUGUGUUGUUGAGCCAAGAGAAUAUAGAAACAGCCACAGCUCAUCUAAAAAAAUAAAAAAGAUUAUAAUAAUUGCCACAGACCCCCCAACUGCGUCUUCGAGGAAUAACGCAGCAAAAGUAACUGAUAAAACAGUGAUAACUGUAAAGUCAGUUAGAAGGGGAUGUUACCUAGAAAGCGAAAACACUCAGAUUUUAGCAGGCCUUGAUGAUGCUGAGAAGGAAUUACAAGAAGUUCUUAAAUAUCCAUUCCAUUAUCCAGAAUGCUUUCAACACCUAGGACUUGAAUGCCCCAAAGGAAUUUUACUUCAAGGAGCCCCAGGAGUGGGCAAGACACUUCUUGUUAAAAGUGUAACUUUUCAGUGUAAUGCACAGUUGAUUAUACUGAAUGGUGCUGAUGUAUUUGGACCACAUCCAGGAGAGAGUGAGGAAAAUCUGAGACAAAAAUUUGAGAUUGCAAGGUAUUUGAUUAACAGUGAAUUGUCAGGGAAGCCUGUUGAAAUCCUUGAGGGGGGGUAAAUUUGUGAUGGACUGGUGUCUCAUACAGGGAUGAGUCGUAUUCUAGUGCAAAGUUUAUUAUAAUGCUUCUACCUUCUUUUUUAGGAAUGCCUCACAGCAUGAUCCAUGUGUUUUAUUUAUUGAUGAACUUGAUGUUUUGUGUCCAAAGAGAGGAAACAAUGGCAAUGAACAAGAGAACAGGAUUGUUGCUCAGCUUCUAACUCUUCUUGAUGGUUUGGAAUCCCGAGGCAAGCUUGUCGUUAUUGGAGCAACAAACAGACCUAAUGCUAUCGAUCCUGCUUUGCGAAGACCAGGCAGACUUGACAGGGAGGUCAGAAGUAACAAAACUGAUUGGCAUGAAAACUAUAGGCUGGAAUAACCUAACUAAUAACUGAUGCAUGCCUCAUCUUGAAACCAGGCCUGAAAAUUUACAUUCAAAACAUUUUCAUGGCAAACCUAGGGAGGGCUGCAGGCACUUAUAAAACUUGAUAUGAACUAUUUGUGGCAGGGUCAAUUAUUCCACAAGUCAUAAAAUGAGCAGUAUGUUGGAUGUUGGUAGAUCCAGAGAGUGUUGCAGACAGUCUUGUGAAAAUUCUAAAAAGACACUCCUGAGUUGUUGUUUUGCAUUUUCCAACUUUGCUAAAGCAGACACUGAGAUAACUAGUUUGAAAGAUCAAAACAUUUGCAUUACUCUUAGUCCCUCAAGUAAUUUUUCCCUUUAAUUAAUAUCUAUAAAUUAUCCAACAUUCAGGUAAUGAGAAUAAUCAAUGUAUGGUUAUUAUAGGGAGAAGCUACAUGUAAAUCGCUUGUGAGAGGUAAUGAGUCAAAGAGUCUCAUCUCAUUUCUCUCUGUUGCUUCUGUGCAUUGUAGAUUGUGAUUGGAGUACCCAAUGCCUUACAGCGAUUAUCCAUUCUAGAAGCACAUACAAGAUCCUUCAAGUUAGCAGAGGAAGUAGAUCUUUCGCAUCUUGCCGAGCUGACAGUAGGUUAUGUGGGAGCUGAUAUUGCUUCACUGUGCAGAGAAGCAGCAUAUGUAGCAAUGAAAAGGAUGCUGAACUUCAGCAGCAGUGACAGCUCAGGUAUGCAUUACGUUUACUCAGACUGAAAUAGAAACUGAAAAGGAAAACUUUAUCGACCAUUUAAGCUACACAAUACAAUAAAUAUAUCGGUUUACCGGCCUAAUAACCCACGUGGUAUGUUGGGAGGAUGUGAGCAAAGUUUACAAACUUUUCGAGUAUAAUGUUCAGCAAAUUCUCGGGACUUGGCAACAAAUAAAUAUUUGGCAUUAUCUAGGUAAAUUAACAUAUAGGUCAUACAAGUGAAAGGCUCAACUUGUGUCUGAUAGAUGUUGUCGCUAAAGUAACCAUGGCAGAUUUCCAGUUGGCCUUGUGUCAUAUUGUUCCAUCCAUGUACCGAGGAUUGGAAGGAAUGGUUGAAAUUAAUUCUGUUAGUUGGGAAGAUAUUGGGGGUCUUCAAGAUGUUAAACAAGUAUUGAAACAGGUACAGUUAUGUUUUGUCAUGUUUAAUUAUUUUUACCGAGUUCUUGUUGUGUCUUGUGUUAAUUGGAGGUGGAUUGCGAUUCACAUUUCAAAAAAGAUUGCCGAGUAGAAGACAGAGAUCGUCAUCAAAAGGAGGAUGUAGUCUGGAUAUAUCACUGAAUUAUCCGUACUGGGAGGGAUAGAUAUCUUGAAUAAGGAGAAUUUGUGUGUUGAUACUGAUAAAAGCUUUUGAAGGGGGUUUAUGUGGAAACAGUUUACAUAAACACAAGGCAAGAGGUGCAAACGCAAGGUAUUGUAGGCUUUGCUUGUUGAAAUAUAAUGUAAAAACUCUGGUCAUUUUUCGCGCGUUUUCGCGGUGCCAGGAAAGAGUUAAGGCUUAAAUGGAGAUUUUGAGACAGAACGCAAGGCGCGAGACUCAAGGAUACUAAAUCCAAAACGCAAUUCGUGAACGAGAAGGGAAGAAUACGAAAGCAAAAUGAAGGAGAAGAACGAGAAAGGCAAAGCAUGAGACACGAAGGAGACAUACGCUAAACUCAAGUAGUAAACGCAGAGGGUAAGAUGCGAAGGCGAAAGACAAGACCUACGGAAGAGGGUUUUUUUUUAAGAAAAAUAUUUUCUUUUAUGUUUGAUGUAAAUAAAAGUUCUUAAACACUGUCUCAUUUUUAGGCGAUAGAAUGGCCGCUCAAAUACCCACAGUCGUUUGAACGUCUUGGUCUUAAGCGACCCAGGGGCGUUCUUCUGUAUGGCCCUCCUGGGUGCUGUAAAACGACCCUUGUGCGUGCAGCAGCCUCUUCCUGUAAAUGUACCUUCAUGGCCCUCAGCUGUGCACAGUUAUACUCACCUUAUGUUGGAGAUGCAGAACGGAAAAUACGAGAGGUCAGAGGAAAGUGUGUGUUUCCAAAACGAUCCAAAAAAGCUGUUAAUUGACGCAGCAUCAGCCCCAAGUCAUCCUCCUCUGACAAAUGGCCUACACUCAAAACGUCAGCUUCUUAAAGGACUUGACUAUUUCUAUCUUAAAUUCGCCAUGUCGUUUAUCACCCUUUAUCAAUUUUAAGGUGAAAAUCAAGUGGGUGUUUCACCGGGCCCCUCAGUUUCUCUCUUUCCCCUACCCCUGUGCUGCAUAACUUUUCUCAUUAGAGUGCUUUACGAUUUUUGUCGCAAAACAAAAACUGAAGUACACAACAGCCACCAGAGUGCAGAAAAAUACCGGAGCCCAUGAGUUAAAACUAGCAAACUGCCUGAAGCGCGGGAAAAAGUGAGCGACCAAGUCGCCAUUAUUUAGUUUUGAAUGUCAUUGGUUGCGGAGAUGGCGCAAUUAUUUUUUUAGAUCAAUUACGUGAAGGAGUGGUUUGCGUGGACCGGCAGUCCAGAGAACUUUUUCUCAUUAAAGAAAUCAGUUGUCUUCCUUUUUUUUUUUCGCCGUUCAGGAUUAUUUGAAAACAUUGCUAAUCCUAGCUAAAUACAGCAUGCACAGUCAAAUGUGAGCCUGAUUGAUUGAUAUAUUAAUUCUUAAUUUCAACUUGUGUGCUGUUUUCCCUCAGUUGUUUACUAAGGCUCGGGCGACGGCUCCGUCAAUUCUGUUCCUUGAUGAAUUGGACGCAAUCGUCGGCAAACGAUCUGGGACGAGCAGUACUGGGGUAGAGGCGCGACUGCUGUCAACUCUGCUGAAUGAGAUGGAUGGUAUCGGAGUAUUGGCAAAUAUCUACCGAGCAGAGGAAGGAAAAUCAAAUUUUUCACUACAGACAAAAGAUAGCGACUCUUGUAGCGAACAGUUGAUGAGAACCGAGUUAGGAUCAGUAGAGUACGGCAAUGUGGAAAUAUCACAGAAAACUCGCAGAUUGAAUAUUAUCAGCUCUUCGACUGUGAAAGACGUUCUUGUUGUCGCAGCUACUAAUCGACCUGAUGCAAUCGACGAGGCCCUUCUCAGACCGGGUCGAAUCGAUCGCAUCAUUUAUGUGCCACCGCCAGACGUAGAGGCGAGGUUACAAAUCUUAAGAGUACACACUCGUUCCAGUCCUUUAGCAGAGGACGUAGAUUUGGAAGAGUUCGCCUUGAAAACCGAAUUGUUCUCAGGUGCUGACCUCGAAAAUCUCUGUAGAGAGGUAAGAUAUUGGAUGUCAAGGUCUGAUUUGAAACUCUUUAUCUUAGCUGUCCUACAUUUCCUUGUAAUUAGUUGGGAGAAUUUUUCGAGAUGUGAUCAACACACUAUAUGACUGAAAUUCUCUGUUUUUCUGUUUUCGUAACCUUUCUGUUAGAUAACGAAUGAAAAUCGUUGGAAAAAGAUAAUUGAUCAUCUCUCCUAGGAGUUAAAAGGUUAAACCCUUUUCACUCUUAAUCAGUAUCGUAUUCUACACGCUGUUCUCUGUACAUUUCCUAAGUUGCAGAAAAUCAAGACCUUCUUUAGUUAGUGAUCAUUUGUUUCAUUUUCGUGGCUUAAAUGUGUGAUUCAGGGGAGAUAUUGUAAUGAAAAAUUAGAUGUUAGUUACUCUUGGGGGUCAAAUAGUUAAGGAUAACAUGUGGAAAGAAGUUUUCAUCGAACGAUUUCUUUCAUGUGACUGAAGGAAACUCGUACAAGAGUUAACAACGAAAGGAAUCUUAAAAUUAGUGGAGAAAAAGACAACAACAGUAAGGGAAAAAAACAAACAAAAAAACAGGAAAAAUGAAAAACCAAAGCAUUGUGCGCCUAUUUUCAAUUAAGGUAACGGAUUCGAAAACCUGUACACGACGCAAAAUAUCUGGAGAAUACUUCUCUUUUUUUUUCAAAUGUAAACUUUUGCUCCUCUUUGACAUUUUUUCCGUGAAAUAAAUCCGAAUUUUGUCUUUCAUUUUCAACCUAUGCUUGUAUUAAUUUUGGUGACUCAUUUAUUUGCUUUAUUUUUUUAUUAUUAGGCCGCUCUUUAUGCUCUUGAAGAUGGAGGAAUGUCAGUGAGUAAGGUGGAACAUAAACAUUAUAUUGAAGCUCUUUAUACAGUCAAACCCUCCCUUACAACCACACAGCUACACAAGUGUAAACUAUGGGAGAAAAGAUGAAAUAUGAGCGACCAACAAGGUUCCCAUAUAAACUGAUCAUAACAAGAUGUAUUUGAAAAAAUACAUGUGCAAUAGCUGAUAGAUCACUACCUAGAUGGAUAUCGAGAUAACGAGGCCAAACCAAAAGUAAAGAUGAAUUUGUGGACAGCUUAAAAGCGUGCUGCUUAUCUCGUCAGAAAUGUCGCGACGAGGGCCAUCGAUCUCAUUGUGUAUGCGAUGUUUACAAAGUUGCUGGAAAGAAAGAAAAAUUGAGGAGGCUUUAAAAAAAGCGGGAAACGAGAUCGUCGAUUGUGAAGACGAAAUAGGGAAGAAUACAUAUAUUCUUCAAAGUAGAGGAAAACAAGUUGAAGCGGCCCGCAGAAAUGUGGCAGCGGAUUGUAGAUGAAUUGAUUAAAGUUUUAAUAGCUGCUGAAAAGCUUUGGUUAUCCAAUUUAAAAGGAUGUCCUUCGUUUGCAAUUCAUCAUGAAGACAAGUUCUAUGUUUUUUACCAGAAGAACCACUGCGUACUGGUUUUCAGUAAUGAUGGAAACAUCCCCUAGAGCAUAGGCAAACUGACGGCAGAUAGGGUGAAGGGCCUAAAAUUCUCUUCAGGUCUUGCUGUCGAUAAGUUCAACAACUUGAUUGUUUGUGACACUCAGGCCAGCCGGUUGCAGGUGUUUUACCUUGGAAGGAGAGUAUCUUACAACUAUUCUUGGCUUUUGGUCCCCGCAGUAUGUUGCUGUUUCUAAAAAUGGACAUCUUUAUGUUGCCGACGGGAGGGACUUUGUGUUUGUUUUGAAGUAAAUACUGCAUAAAGUUGCUGGAAGCUUUCGUGAAGUUAGAAGGUGCCUCAUAAUUUGCGCAAAGAAAAGAAGACAUGUUAUCAAAUCAAAGAGGGCUAAACAGGAGACCAGCUACUUAGUUAGCUGUUUUGUAAAGUGAAGGACGACGUUUGUUAAAAUUCGACUACAAAUGAUAUCAAAUGUGAGAGUUGUCUAUUCACAGUAACAUCAUCAGGGGUAUUUUUAAUAUUUCUGAUAAGAUAACUGCAUAUUAGGUUUACAUCUUCCCUUGAAACAAUAAUAAAAUGUUUUUGGUGCUGUAACUGCUUGAGCCUGAGGACGUUUUUUUUUGUCUUUAGGAAGACAUGGCAUCUGAAAAGCGAAAGAAAGAAACAGUUUGUCAGUAGUGCUUAAUAAAUCCCUUGUAGAUUGAGAGGCCAUUAUUGCAAGUCGUUGAAAAAAUCAGCAUGGCACAAGCGUAACCUUAGUUGCUGGGGAUUUUUGCGCGCUCGAUGAGUU